AGAUCUGUAACAAUGGUGACUAUAAAUGUUGUGGGAUCAAUUCAAAUUCUGGACAACAAAGUUAAGCAGCUUACCAGUUUAAAGUUGUGAAAUGUUACUUUAAAUAGAUGCUACGGCUCUGUUGGAGAUGCAGGCAUGUCGCGCAUAACAUGAUCAGAAGCAUGGCUCUAUAUUUAUCAAAUCAUGAGGCUUGUUGUGACGGGUGCAAAAAAAAAGGACGCCCACCUCAAGAAGUGCAACAUGGUGCCGUACAAACUGCAGACCUGCGGACCUUCAGAACCUCCCAAGGAUCCUAGCAAGUCAGGUUGCACUGAGUGCCCCAAGUUUAAAUGGAGGACUUGGAGUUCAGCGUGGAAAUCUGCGACCGCGACUGGCAAUGCUUUUUUGAGAUGUGCGAGGAGUGCGACUUGCAUCCUCCAUCGCUGGCGACAGCGGAAGACUCUGGGCUGAGUGAUGGCGAUCACACAAAGUCAGCACCGCUAGAACGUGCCCCAGAACCCCAUCUGACCGGAUGCUACUCAGAGGCCGAAUGCUCUUUGGACAACAUACAUGACUGCAAGGGCUUGAACGUGAAGACCCAACUUGGUGAAACGGUCACCAGUGGAAUGGAAAGCAUCCUGUCGGGAAGUGAGGAAGAUAUCCACCUGCAGUCCGUCAAUAUGUUCUUUGAAGGGGUGACAAAGCGGCCAAUCGCUGGCAAAAACAAAGCGUCAAAGCAGCAGGAGGAUGGACUUUGCAGUAAUGGGAUGGAAGCCAGCUCCGAGCUGCCCGCCAGGGAUGAAACAAUAGGUGUUAAAAAGAACGACCUUGACAAAAUGAACACUCUAAAAAAAGCCCAGCUUGUUUCUUAUACUUUACAAGAACCUCCAUCCUGCAGCUCAGAGCUCAUGACUGCCAGGUCAACUCGUACUGAGUCUCUUCAUAAACCUGAGGCGUCCUUCAGCCUUCAUGUGUCACAAAUAACCACAGUCAGCACAAAAGAAGUCCUUAGCCCAUCAUCAUCACCGGCCACCAUGAAAAGGAAGAGAAGGAAGAAGAGAUCGCACAGCAUGCCUUCAUUCCAGAGUAGACUUGAGCGAAGGACAGAUGACAAACAGAGUUUUUCUCCAUCCUAUCGUGACAUCAAGGUAUCAUCCUCAAAUGAGUUGCAAAAAACGGAUGAGUUAGCCACAACCGUGUUCCCGUGUGGAGGUACCUGUCAAUAUGGAAGUAAUCUAGUGAUCUUCAUUCAUCCAAGUUGUGAAGACCAAUUCAAUCUAGAAGACAGAAGAUCAAAAAUCCAAGCACCUACUAGGGGAGCACACUUGGAUAAUGAUGGGGAUGAUGUGGAUGGUGGCCAAGGUGACACCCUAUCUGCUGCUAAGUCCGUCCUGGCCGCGGAGGCUUUACAUUCUGGCACAGACGAGCACGCAUGGUGUCAAAGACAGACUGAGCACCAGCAACAGCUGGAGAUGGAAACUCACCAUCAGGACCAAAAUAGCCAUGACGUUUUGUCCGUAGCUCAAACACAGAAGUCAACCUUUCCCAAUGCAGGACUCCAGAAGGGUGAAAUCACUCGCUCUCCAGUAGAUGAGAUGGUAACCAAAGUCACCUGUGCUGAAUUAACAUCUGACUCCAUGGAAUUAUCAGAUCAUAAAAGGAUUUCAUCAGAAAGACCUUCCGGUUUAGCUCUCAAGGAAACAGAACAUCACGUAGAAAGGAAUCAAUGCGAUAAUAAAGACUGUGAGAUUAGCUCUUUUGCCGAUCAUUUUACACAUAAAGAAAUAACUCCAGAGUAUGAAAACAAAAGGCCUGUACAGUCACCAUCCAAUACAAAUAUUGCUGGCCCAUGUUCACGUCCCUGUCAAGAUCCCGAUCCAGUUGAUAGAUGUACCUCAGUCAUGGUCACACAUGAAGAAAGAGCUCACGGCACAGGACAAAUGAGAAGAGAUUUAAAGGCCGGAGAUGAGGCUGUGCUCUCAACGUCGUGUGCGCGUGAAGAUACGCCAAAUUCCAAACAUCCGAUUUUUGUCAUGUCUUCUUUUUGGAGCGAAAUGGAAAAGCUGACAAUUAAUGACAUCAUGGGUCUAAGGAAGACGAAUAAGGAGACAGACAAGAGCAAUUCCGGUCUUUCCUCCCAAUGUGUUAAGUCCAAGGCACUGGCAGCUGGUGAGAACACUUGUGGCCAUCUUGAUUCCACUUUUUCAAAGCUGCUGUGGGAGAACGAACCUGUUGACGUGUAUACCGACAAAGCGGAGGAGACUUCGUUCAUUGGCUCACCCAGACAAGGAAGCCCACCAAAGAACCUCCGAAAGAUAUCGAAAAACGCAAGCGUGCACAAUCUGCGAGCUUUAGAUUCUCUGGAACCGCACAGCCAAGCAAAGAAAGGACGAACUUUACAAACGUUAAAAGAAGUUGAGGUGAAAGAAGUAGACGAACACAAUCUAGCUUCGACGCGCAGCUAUAGUUUCUCUCUUUCUGAUAUAUUUCAAUUUCUGCUUGGUGGAAAACAACAAAUCCACAGCCGAUCAGUGAAAAAUGACGUCAACAUGGAUGGAAAUUCACUCCCAGAAACUUACGAUCAUUUCUUUGCCGAGUUUGGUAUAGAAAACUUCUUCUACCCUUUUGUUACAGAAGACGAGCGCACAAAGGCGCUAGAGCUAACCUCCGCACAGACAAAUUUACACUUGCCAGACGCCUAUGAGUAUUUCUUUGCAUCUUCUUCCGACGAUUCCACAGGCGAGGAGGAGGAGGAGGAUGAAAGUUGCGGUCCAGUGAGGGUGGUAAGCAGGUUUAGCCAAAAACUAAACACCACUCAAAACUUGACGGACAAUUAUGAGAAUUUCUUUUGUGACAGUGACAUGCGAGAGAAUUUCUUUAGGACAGCGACAUUCUCCUUCAGGAAUUUUCAUCUCACUGGAGGUGCGGUACAAAGCAAGAGGUCACUCCCAUCAUCAAUUGUAGACGUGGGACAGAAUACGCAAAGGGCGCAUCGUUCUCAUGAUUUAGGGCACGUUGACUUUCCUGAUUUCCUCAUCCAACAAAGAGAAAACAUGAUCACCACACGGAUGUUGCCACCACAACUACAACAUGAAGACAUAGGAAGAGCUGUUCCAAAUCCAAGGUCAGAUGUAGCCCUGCUGCCUCUCAGACAAUCAGAUAUGUGUCUGGUCUGUAUUGCGUUCGCUUCCUGGGUGCUGAAAACAGCAAAUCCGCAAGUUGGAGACACGUGGAAGGCUGUUCUGCUGGCUAAUGUAAGCGCUUUGUCAGCCAUUCGAUACCUGCGGAAGAACAUUAAGGUGGAGGUGGAAGACGCUCAGAAGAUAGAGCAUCUUACCACACGCGGGGCAUUCCAGAAACCAGAGCGCCCUGGGAGACGAGCGGCGCUUUCUUUCUCACCUGCUCUUGUCCUUUUGACGGUGCAGUCAGAAGCUUGAGCCUCGACACGGCCUCGACUCUCUGCUCCACUUGUCUCCGG